AGCGAGGGGCUAAGUAAAAAUCAAAAACAGCCAGCCCAGGAAAUUUUGCGUCAAGAAAUCUUCACAAUCCAUUUUCAACAUUGUUCAACAGGUAACCAUCAAAGAUAGAAGUUCAGAUGAAAUUUCCUGCUGACUUAAUGGCUGUUAAUUCUGACCAUGAACGGCACUGUUAUUCGAGGCACUCCUAUUGCAGUGGACUUUUGGAAGAUCAGAGAAUGCCCAUCUACAAAACUCUUUUUUCUUACACAUCUCCAUGGUGACCAUAUUGUUGGCCUUUCAUCAUCAUGGAAGCAUGCAAUUCAUUGUUCACCAAUGACAGGAGAGCUCCUGACUGAGUUGUACGGAAUUGAGGAGUCGCUGAUUCAACCUUUAGAAGUUGGGACUUCUCACAUUAUUGACCUUGAUGAUGUCAAUCAUGAGAAAAUGUCCGUGACAGUUAUUGAUGCGAACCAUUGUCCUGGUUCAGUCAUGUUCUUAUUUGAAGGCUAUUUUGGCCGAAUACUACACACGGGAGAUUUUCGUUUUUCUCAUGAAAUGAUCAACCAAUCAAAUGAAAGUUUAUUUAUUGACAUUGACCUACUCUACUUAGACAAUACAUACUGUUCUCCACAAUGUGUUUUUCCAACUAGAGACUCCGCUCUGGGGGAUAUUGUGUCUAUAAUUAAUUCACAUCCUGAUCAUUCUGUUGUCAUCGGAAUGCGAAAUCUUGGCAAAGAAGACAUGUUGGCAAAAACAGCACUGAAAUGUAAAGAGUGGAUCUCUAUCCCAGCUACAAUGAUGCGGCGGGUGAGUCUCCUAAAACUUCCCAACGUGUUUGUUGUGGAUGACGAAGACUGCAGAAUUCGAGUGGUAAAAUUUCAUGCAAUAUCUAAAAAGAACAUGGAAUUGUGGAACAAGUUCACACCAACAAUAGCUAUUCUUCCAACUGCUCUUUAUCAGGGGAUGGGAUUCAACAGCUAUGGUAAUAUAACAAAUGUAUUUACUGUCCAAUAUUCAGAUCAUAGCACAUAUGAGGAACUCUACAGUUUUGUGUCUAAGGUAAAGCCACGUAAAAUUAUUCCAAUUGUAGGGGCAAAAUCAAGGGGGCCAUUUGGUACUGACAUUUCUGACCGGGCUAACAUGAAAUGCUUUUCACAUCUCUUGAACAAAAAGUGUGAGCAUGAUACAGUGUCUGUCAUUCCAGAAUCGGUGCAAAAAUGGAUGUAUCAUGAGUCAAGAUCUAAUAGCCAUGGCAACAGAGGAGGAAAUAGAUAUAAAAAAUCUUGGAAAGCUGGACAGAAGAAAACAUCAUCAUUCUUAGCUAGAGGUGUGGUGUUCUCAGACAGUGAUGAUGAAGAAAAUAAGAUAAGCACAGCGACAAAUCUUGAUGGUAAAAACAAAAAAAGAAAGAGAAAUUGUGCAGAAAUGUUGGAGAGUAAUGUCAAUAACAAAUCACCAUUACUUUCACAAGAACAGAAGACAACACAAGAAGACCAUCAACCAAAGGAAACAUUACUGGACAAAUGGUUGUCUGUGGGUGAUGGAAACCAACAUCAUAAACGGUAUAGACCACUGCUUUUCAAGACAAAAAGUAUUGGAGACAACUUCAAUAGAAAAUUUCUGCCUGUAAAUAGCAAAACAUCCUCAAAUUCACAGCAAAUAACAAAUGAUGGAUCAAAUGGUUCCCUUAAUCUGGAAGUGAAAAAGAGUUCUGACGUUGAAGAUGUCAUCAUUCUUGAUGACACCAGCAGUGACAGUACAAAUUGGUCUGAGGAGAGGGGAGUUAACUCUUCAACUGAUUACGUUGAUGAUGACCAAGACACCUUUGCUAUGCAGAAUAAUCCUGAGACAAUGACUUCUAACAGGAAUUCUGAAGAGAAUUUUCAAGAGGAAAACUCUUUUCAUGAAUGUGAUCAAGACAGUUCCAUUAAUCAUGAUAAUUCAUUGGACAAAGUACAGGACAUCUGUUCAGACUUUUCUGGAUCUAGUCUUCCAAAUAGACCCAUUGCAAUCCAUGCAGAAGGUUAUGUUCCAGAUGGACAAAUCAAUCAAGUUUCUUCACCCAAACAUUAUGAUGUGAAACCCUGUAGACAAAGUACUGAAUCUAAACCUAAAGUUCAAAUCAAGUUGUCAGUGAAACCAACAGUGAAGUUUCUGAAUAAAUCAUCCGAAACAAAGACUCAUAGACAGUCUUUGGUACAGGGAGGUAAUAAGGGAAGCAUGUAUAAUGUGAUGCCUCUGUGUAAAGGUAAAUAGUUGGCAGUCAUUGGAUAAGGCACAUAAUUGCUAUUGCACAUAUUCUGUUGUAUAUACCUGUAAGAUGGAAGUAUUUUCAUCAAAUAUAACCCCAAUAGCACAAGUAACUAAUAAUUGUAUAGAAUAAAUUCAUUGAAAUAUGAAAUGAAAUCCUCUUAAAGUUUCAAUCAGAAUUCCCACUACCUAGACAAGGAUGAAAAUAUGACACAUAAACUAGAAUUGUAAUUUGAAAUAAAUCAUUACUUAUCCCUUAAAA